AUGGCCUGGAUCCAGGUCUGUGGGACCAUGAUCAGCCUGACACUUUUCUGUGAGGAGCGGCGGCUUGGGCAGUGGGAGAAAAAGCCAUCUGGACCCUCUACGUGGUCCUGGAUGCCAUUGACCAGAUGUGGCUGCCUGCAACGAGGACUUGGAAUGAGUGCCACCCUCUGCCGCUUCCUAGAUGGAGGAGGGGAAGGGGCACUGACUGCAGCUGAUGGCAGCAGCCUUCGGGGCAUUGUCGAGCACCUGGAGAGUCUCUCCGAGGACGCUGUCAUGGAGCUGGACCCUCUGACUGGUAUUCCCUUAACUGUUUCAUACCAAAUAUCUACCAAGUUUGCUAUUCCUUGUGCUUUAAUUUUAUUGUUUUUUAAAAGGUUUCCUUCAAGCAGAAUGGUACCUUUCCACUUUCCUCCAUCAAAAUGUGCACUUUGGAACCCAAUGCCAGUUGGAGAUUUCAUCUACUUACAUCUCAGUUACUACAGAAAUCCAAAGCUUGUGGUGACUAAAAAGACCAUCCAGCUUGCUUAUCGUCAUGCUAAGCAGAAUAAAAAAAAUUCGUCAUGCUUUUUACUUGGUUCUCUGACAGUAGACGAAGAUGAAGAAGGUGUGACAUUGACAGUAGAUCGCUUUGAUCCUGGUCGAGAAGUACCUGGAUGCUUAGAAAUAACCCCUACUGCUUCUCUUCCUGGGGACUUUUUGAUUCCAUGCAAAGUUCAUACUCAAGAACUUUGUUCAAGAGAAAUGAUAGUUCACAGUGCAGAUGACUUUAGUUCAGCUUUAAAGGCUCUACAGUGCCAUAUAGUAAAAAGUACAUACUUUCAGUUAUUUUCACAUGAAUGUCUUCUGUUUAGAUAUCUUACCAUGGAUGAAACACGAAAAUUGUUACUUUUGUUGGAAUCUGAUCCCAAGGUUUAUUCUUUACCAUUAGUGGGAAUUUGGCUGUCUGGAAUUAUACAUAUCUAUAGUCCUCAGGUAUGGGCUUGCUGUUUGCGAUACAUAUUCAAUUCCUCUGUUCAAGAAAGGGUUUUUUCAGAAUCUGGAAAUUUCAUCAUAGUUCUCUAUUCUGUGACACAUAAGGAGCCUGAGUUUUAUGAAUGCUUCCCUUGUGAUGGCAAGAUACCUGACUUUCGGUUUCAGUUGCUAACCAAUAAGGAAACAUUACAUCUUUUCAAAAAUGUUGAACCUCCUGACAAAAAUCCAAUCUGUUGUGAAUUGAGCGCUGAAAGCCAAACUGCAGAAACAGAGUUUUUCAGUAAGGCUUCCAAGAAUUUUUCAAUUAAGAGGUCUUCCCAAAAGUUAUCUCCUGGAAAAAUGCCAAUAAAUGAUCAUGACUCUGGUGUUGAAGAUGAAGAUUUUUCUCCAAGACCAAUUCCUAGUCCUCAUCCAGUGAGUCAGAAGAUUUCUAAGAUCCAACCAUCAGUUCCUGAACUUUCACUUGUGUUGGAUGGCAAUUUCAUAGAAUCAAACCCUUCGCCUGCUCCUUUGGAAAUGGUGAAUAAUGAAAAUUCUCCUUUGAUUAACCACUCUGAACACUUGAAGCCAUUGCAACCCCAGCUUUAUGAUGAGAAACACAGUCCAGAAGUUGAAGCUGGAGAGCCUUCCUUGAGAGGAAUACCAAAUCAGUUAAACCAGGAUACGGCUCUUUUGAGACACUGCAAAGUAAGACAGCCACCUGCCUGCAAGAAAGUGAACCCGCAUACCAGGAACAGUGUUAAACCAUCUUCUCAUAAUGGGCCAUCUCCUGAUAUGUUUGAAAAGCUCCAAGCAGUUGCUGCUGGAAAUGUACAAAACAAAGAGUAUCCUGUAAGAGCCUCCACACUUAAUUCUAGGCAGUCUUCUCUUGCCCCACAGUCCCAACCACAUAAUUUUGGUUUUUUACCCCAUAAUUCAGGAAGGCCAAUGGAACUUCAGAUACCUACUCCUCCACCGCCAUCUUACUGUUCCACAAACGUUUGCAGGUGUUGUCAACAUCAUAGUCAUAUUCAAUAUAGUUCACUAAAUUCUUGGCAAGGAGCAAAUACAGCUGGAUCCAUUCAAGAUGUUCAGUCUGAAGCUCUUCAGAAGCAUUCAUUAUUUCACCCAAGUGGAUGUCCAGCUCUCCACUGUAAUGCAUUCUGUUCUUCAAGUAGUCCUAUAGCCUUGAGACCUCAGGGAGCUAUGGAAGGUUGUUCUCCCCAUAGCAAUGCAGAACCAUCACCUGUGGCAAGACUACCUUCACAUAUGGACUCAUGUAACCCACAGCCUUGCACAGUGUGUGUACACACACCCAAGACUGAGUCAGAUAAUGGAAUGAUGGGACUAUCUCCAGAUGCAUAUCGGUUCCUCACAGAACAAGACAGACAGCUGAGACUACUUCAGGCACAGAUUCAGCGUUUGUUGGAAGCACAGUCUCUGAUGCCCUAUUCCCCUAAGACAACCACUGUUGAAGACCCAGUACAAGCUGGAAGACAAAUGGAGUUGGUUUCUGUGGAAGCACAGUCUUCCCCUGGCUUGCACAUGAGAAAAAGUGUAAGCAUUGCUGUGAGCACAGGUGCUAGCUUGUUUUGGAAUGCAGCAGGUGAUGAUCAAGAGCCUAACUCUCAGCUGAAGCAAGAUGAUACCAAAAUUUCCAGUGAGGACAUGAAUUUUUCUGUGGAUAUUAAUAAUGAAGUCACAAGUCCUCCAGGUAGUACAUCUUCAUUAAAAGCAGUUGAUAUUCCCAGCUUUGAAGAGAGCAACGUUGCUGUGGAAGAAGAAUUUAACCAGCCACUUUCUGUAUCCAACAGCUCUUCUCUGGUUGUGAGGAAAGAACCUGAUGUACCUGUGUUCUUUCCAAAUGGCCAGCUGGCAGAAAAUGUAGGCAUGUGUUUACAGACUGGACCAACAGGGGGUGCCAGUAACAAUUCUGAAACAUCAGGGGAACCAAAAAUUGAGCAAGUAAUGCAACCAUUGCCUCAUCAACCAUCAGAUAACCAGAAAAUUUACCAGGAUUUGUUGGGUCAAGUAAACCACCUAUUAAAUAAUUCCUCCAAGGAAACUGAGCAGCCAUCUACCAAAGCAGUAAUUAUCAGCAAUGAAUGCACCAGAACCCAAAACGUUUACCAUACAAAGAAAAAACCACAUCAUUCAAGACUAGUAGACAAAGAUUGUGUUCUUAAUGCAACUCUUAAGCAACUAAGAAGCCUUGGAGUAAAAAUUGAUUCUCCUACUAAAGUGAAGAAAAAUGCACAUAACGUGGAUCAUGCCAGUGUUUUGGCAUGCAUCAGCCCAGAAGCAGUGAUCUCUGGAUUAAACUGCAUGUCAUUUGCUAAUGUUGGCAUGAGUGGCUUAAGCCCCAAUGGUGUGGAUUUGAGCAUGGAGGCAAAUGCUAUAGCUCUGAAAUAUUUAAAUGAAAAUCAGCUCUCACAACUGUCUGUCACUCGAUCAAACCAAAAUAAUUGUGACCCAUUCAGCCUUCUCCAUAUUAAUACAGACAGAAGCACAGUGGGGCUUAGUUUAAUUUCACCAAACAACAUGUCAUUUGCAACCAAAAAGUAUAUGAGGAGAUAUGGACUACUACAAAGCAGUGACAAUAGUGAAGAUGAAGAGGAGCCUCCCGACAAUGCAGAUAGCAAGAGUGAACAUUUAUUGAAUCAGAACCUUACUUCCACACCUGAACAGCUUGGUGGUCAGAAAGAGCCUUCUAAGAAUGACUGUGAAAUAAUUAAUUGUCCUAACUGUGAAUCUGUGGACACCAACACAGAUAUGCCAGUAUUGAGAAAUAUUACAAAUGAAGUUUUACAGUCAAAAGCCAAACAGCAGCUGACUGAAAAGCCAGCUUUCUUAUUAAAGAACCUUAAACCAAGUCCUGCAGUGAACCUUCGAACUGGGAAAGCAGAGUUCACUCAACAUCCUGAAAAAGAAAAUGAAGGGGACGUUGCAAUUUUUCCUGAAAGUUUGCAACCUUCUGAAACUCUAAAGCAAAUGAAUAGCAUGAAUUCAGUAGGCACCUUCUUAGAUAUAAAACGUCUCAGACAGUUACCAAAAUUAUUUUAGUCUUUUAACUCCCUGCCCAUUUCAUACAGGAUCAGAGUGUCUCCUGAAGAUACUUAGGGAAGCCAGAGAGCCUUGUGGUAGUUUGGGAUUUCCUAAUCAUUCUGGAGUCAGUCUGUUUCUUGGUAAAAGCAACCAAUUGCAAAGAGUGACUUUUUCUAUGAAAUGGCUGGCUAGUGAUAGGACUAAGUUCUCAUUCCUCAAAUAGAGCUGUUCAACAUCAAUGAAAUAGUUAAAAACGAGCCCUGAGAUCAGUUAUUCUAAAAAAUUUAAGUAGACAGAUACUAUCCAGCUCUGAAUCUCAAUUGCUCUUUUAUACUGGACUUUUUUUUUUUUUUUUUUUUUUU